AUGGCAGAGAACUGCGACAAAGUCCCCAUCGCGCUGGUGGGGCCUGACGACGUGGAGUUGGGCAGUCCCCCGGCGUACGCCGCGGUGACCGUGAAGCCCUCCAGCCCCGCGCGGCUGCUCAAGGCCGGAGCCGUGAUCCUCAUUUCGGGGGCGGUGCUGCUGCUCUUCGGGACCAUCGCGGCCUUCUACUUCUGGAAGGGGAGCGACAGUCACGUUUACAAUGUUCAUUACACUAUGAGUAUCAAUGGGAAAUUGCAAGACGGGUCAAUGGAAAUAGAUGCCGGGAACAACUUAGAGACCUUCAAAAUGGGAAGCGGAGCUGAAGAAGCAAUUGAAGUUAACGACUUCCAGAAUGGCAUCACAGGAAUCCGCUUUGCUGGAGGAGGGAAGUGCUACAUCAAAGCGCAGGUGAAGGCUCGCAUUCCUGAGGUGGGCACCAUGACCAAACAGAGCAUCGUCUCCGAACUGGAAGGCAAGAUCAUGCCAGUUAAAUACGAAGAAAAUUCUCUCAUCUGGGUGGCCGUAGACCAGCCCGUGAAGGACAACAGCUUCUUGAGUUCCAAAGUCACAGAACUCUGUGGCGACCUUCCUAUUUUCUGGCUUAAGCCAACAUAUCCAAAAGAAAUCCAGAGAGAAAGAAGAGAAUUGGUAACACAGAUUGUUACGGGUACCACAAAGCCACGCAGUGGACCACAAGGCGGCCCAGGCUUGGGAAGACUGAACAACAAAACCAGACCCGGUGUGCAAGAGGACUCAGAACCCUUCAACCCGGACAACCCAUACCACCAGCAGGAAGGGGAAGGCAUGACAUUCGACCCGCGACUGGAUCACGAAGGAAUCUGCUGUAUCGAGUGUAGGCGGAGCUACACCCACUGCCAGAAGAUCUGCGAGCCCCUGGAGGGCUACCACCCGUGGCCCUACCAUUACCAAGGCUGCCGGGCCGCCUGCAGGGUCAUCAUGCCAUGUAGCUGGUGGGUGGCGCGCAUCUUGGGCAUGGUGUGAAAUCACUUCACAUACCAGCUGCUGUAAAGUAAGAAUUAAAUCACGAGACAAGCAAAGUAUGAAGAGUCUUGAUGCUGAAGGGACCACAAAGUAUUUUAUACUCGGGCUGAGUGAUUUUCUUCGAGACACUUUUAACAGAAUUAUUUCUCAAUUGCUUUACAAACCUUCAUCUGGCAUGUGUGAAUGUACUGACAAGGCAGUCUAAAAAUGUCAUAAGCAUCCUUUUAUUACUUGCUAUUUUUUAGUUGCUUUGCAGAUAAAUCCUGCUUCUUUCUUUCCCAAGCUAUUUUGAAAUAAACAUGAAAAAUUAUUUACAAUUUGUCAAAGA